GCAGAGAGUGCACUGCUCAUCCUUUCGGUUUGCCGUGUGUGGGAAUGCUGGACACCAACACCCAGCGAGGGAUCCGGCCAAGGGCUCCUCUCCUCGGCGCCUGAACCCUGCUGCUCUGUGCCUGGGUGGGAGAUACAGAUGUCAGAGGACAAGACAGACAAGGUAAAAAUCAAAGCAGCUGAAAGUUUUGAACAUGAAAAGCAAAAUAUUUCUUGGCUGAAAAAAGACCGUCGCACCAGCUCCCUGCCUCUACUGGCCCUCCCUGGGGUGACGCCGAGCAGUGAGGACCAUCCAGAUAACCAGCUUACAAAUGAAAAACACACAGAUGAAAAGCCUAUGAAAGGUAUUGUUAUGAGUUCUGUCGCAGAAUUCAGCAUCACAGACGCUUCAUCAAAGGGUACCAAAAAUGAGAAGAAAUUGUCAGAUGCAAGCAGAUCAUCCAUUGCUUCCCUGGAGAAAUGCAGAGAAUUCACUUACAUUGAAGAUGAUGCAUCAGUACAUCAGAGAGACAGUGACGAUGAAUGCGCAACACUUAUCCUGGCCUGCUUGUUCUGCCAGUUUUGGGACUUUCUUAUAAUGCUGCCUGAUACCUGUGAACAUUGGCUGACAGAUACCUGUUGUCCAUCCAAUAGAUAUUACCAGACCUCCGACGAAGACCACGGCAACAACGACUGCAACUGUGACUGUGACAUUGAUUGCAGCCUCUUUGAGUCCUGCCACGAGACUGGGGAGUGCCUGGAGCUCGCCAUGGAGAUUUCAGAAGUCUGCUAUCGCUGAUAGGAAAAUAAUUGACAAAAUCCCUCAAAACUACCCCACAGAUUGCAAAGGAGAUUUUUUUUUUAAAUAUUAAUCAUAACCGGAGGUUUUGUCAAUGAGGACUAUGUGCAUCUUGUUGCUGCCUCCCUGGAGGUCUCUAUAUCUGUACUGCUCUGGUGGCAUGAUAUCACAAACUGCUGAAACCAAUAAAGGACAAAAAGGGGUCUUCUCUGCCAUAGAUGACAACAGAAUUCCUAAGUGCCAAGUAUGCUCGCUGCUUUACCCACUGUCAAUCCAAGCUUUUAUAAACCUUUAAUUGCUUUAAACACUGAUUUCGCCAUUCAUAAGCACAGAACAAAUUAGGACGUUAUUUUAGGACUGAUAUAUAUAUUAGUUCAUCUUCCUGAUGGAUUCAUACCUAAACAUGUGUUACACAUUGUUGGUUAUUAUAAAUAAUUUAUGAUAUAGUAUCAUUUUAUAAUUAAAAAUUUAUUUAUUCAAUCUCUUAAAACACUCUUAUAUGCCCAGUAUAGGUAGAAAAAAUUAAUGAAUUAGAAACAAUGCUACUGGUAAUUACAGCGAAUGUCACUGAAAAUCUCCAGUGAAUUUUGUGGAGGAAGCAUUUUCACAGUGUACUGCAAUUCAACAGUGUAUUAAUGUGCUGGCCCAUGGUUAUGUAAUAACAGGUUAUGCCUAUUGUUCAUUAGUUAUAGGAAAGGGCUUCUUAAGUGUAAUUAACCUAAAUGGGAAUUGACUGCAUAUUUCCAGAGGAGAAUUAUCCCAUAGAUAGCCAGUAACUCCUUUGCUUGAUUUUCAUUUGUAAGACUUUUGCAAGAAACAGAAUAUUGCCACCUAUUCUAGAACAAACAGGCAUCUCUACCUGUGCACAAAAGAUUACAAAAUGACAGUAUCUAUCCUGGUUGUGCUUUCAAAUUCCCCCUAUCUCUUUUCUCAUGGCAGGUCUGGUUAACAAAAAGGAAAUAUAUGUUGCACAUUACACAUAUGACAACAAAAGCAUGUAAAUUCAGCUGCCUGGGGGUGCAGAGCACAGGUAUUAAGCACAGAGGAAAAUACAGAAUUGCUUGCUCACAUUAGGUAUUUAUAGACUAACACCAAAGUCAGUAUUUACUUUGUAUAAACACUAAAAUUUCUCUCAAAACCCCUACUCAUGUCAGUGCAGAAGUGCCUCUGGAAUCCCAAACAAGGAUUCUGGGCAAGAUGCUGGAAUAUUAAGCAUUUCUAAAAUCAUUGAAGCCUCUUGUUUAUUAAUCAGAGUAGUCCUGGUGCACAAACAUUUAAUGGGGGGAAAAAAUCAUGGGUAUAUCCUUUCCUUAUCUCCCUUCUAGAAAACUCAUGUGUUCAAAAAAAAUCAGAAAUCCAGAAGUAGAACAAAUCUUCCAAAGCUAAGCUAAACUCUCACUUCUACAUACCAGGCCACAGUGGUUUGGAUCAUUCUAUCCUUUCUACCACAGUUGUCCUUGACAAAGUGGCACGUGGGUAUUUAUGAAUAAAAAUUCUGACCCAAGGCAUUUAGGAAUCAGAGAAGAGGGAAGCUUGUUCCACAUACCAGUUCCUAGAGAAGCACCAAUAAAAAUGUACAUUGGCAGUCCUUGCUCUUGAUGUCAGUCUCCAAAAUGCAAGAUUUCAUGUGCAGUGUCUGGAUGGAGCCCAAGAGGGGAAACCAGAGGGUGGCAUACCCCAAAAUGUUGUCAGUGAGGGAAUUAGAGAUGAGGACUUUGCCUUUCAAACCAGGAUGUCUUGUUCCAGUUCUGAGUCUGCAAGAAAAAACAUUGACCAUACCAGAAUAACUCAUGGCAACUGAAGUCUCAUUCAGCUGUGGAACUGGGGGCUUUUGGCACAAAUGUGGAUUUUUUUCUAACUCUUUUCCUGGGAAUCAUUAUUCAAAAGAUUUUUUUUGUGUUAUAAUCCAUAGGUUGGCAUACUGAGGUCAUGUCUACUACAGGGCACAGGUAAGGUCAAAGACAGAAUUACUACAACCAUGAUUAGAAAGGAUGUCCCAGCAAUAUGAAUGGAAUCACACUGGGAUAUAUUGAGAGCUGCUGGUGGUGGUGUUUUAAAUAAUGCAGAAAUAUCUCCUUGCCUGAAGUGUACAAGGGCACACUGCUCAGUUUCCUGCUUUAGGAAGUAGAUUUUUUGAGACAUUUUUGAUCAAUGAAACCUUGAAAAACAUGUUAUUUUAUACAACACAGUAGAAUGAGCAGCUUAUGAUAACUUUGUUUUCUGUCUUAAAGUUGGUAAUUGCAACACUGUACUUUCAUGACACGUAGGAACACUUAAACAUAUUGACACCAGAGAAAGUCAGUCAGACUUUUCCACUAACUAUUCCAGAAACUCUUUGAAAAGCCACCCUAUUCCCACACUAAACUGACUUCCUGGUGCAGAAAAAUACCCAUUUAUCAGAUCUGAACAUGGGCAGACAUUCCAGUGAAGCCGAAGCAUUUGGAACAAUUCAAGGCUGUCUCUGUAUUUUUUAUUUACUGGGAAGGAAGGUCUGGGUGCUGGAGUAGGAGGCGUUUGGGUGGAUGGCUGUUGGGAACAUGUUGGACUCAGCUGUGCUCCCGGGGAGAUGUCAGCGCGUGAAACCAGCUCCUGAGAACAACAAAUAGAAGUUCCCGUUUUGCAAACGGGAACAGCGCUCCGACACGACGCCUCUCCCCGGCGCCAGAAAUGCACUGACAGAUUGCUUGGGGGAAGAGAGAGACAGAGAGAAUAACGGAGAGCUGCAUUGCUACCUUCCACAGGAAAGGACCAUGGGAUGCUCUCUAAGGAUCUCCUCUUGGAAAUGACCCAGCAGUCUCAUCCUUGAGACAAAAAUGUCUUUUCACCUCUUUUCACUCCGUUAGAACACAGUACAGGUUAGGAUGUAAACUUUAGGGGAAUUGAUGUUUGCUAAAUAUUGGAUAAGCCUCUGGAGGCUUCCAAAGGUUUAAUGUUCAGUUAUCUCAAAGGAUAUUAAGUUCUCUGACUGACCAUGAGCCCUUCCAUAAUGUCAUUCUGGUGCCUUACUCUCCAUGUACAGUGAGUCCCCUAGAUGUGGGCCUGGCAAAAAUUAUCUCAUGUACAUCCCCAAAUACAGGAAUGAAAUAUAUUACAUUACUUUAUUUGACUUCCCUCUGCUUCCUAAAGCACUUUGAUCAUUCGUAUUCUAUCAAGCAAUCAUCAACUAGAACAACCAACUUCUUCCAAAUGUCCAGAAAAUGCACAGCUCUGCCUUAACUCCAGUGCUGCUUAGGGAUUCAGGCUGAGUGCUAGAGCUGAGCUCUAGAAGAUUUUGGUUCUCAGGAAGAAAGUAAAAUAUGGGAACAAUUAAGAUGUUUGCAAUUGUAUUUCUUCUAUUAUGCUUGUACAGUAUCAAAAAAAGUUUAAGAGUGUCAGACUAAUAAUGUAUGUAUCUAUUAAAUUUUUCUUUUAAUUAUAUGAAAUGGGUGGUUCCAUUGCUUU